GAGUCUUUAGGAGUUGGAGGUCGCAGCAGGACACCAGGAUGUCGGACGCCGAAGAGCAGGAAUAUGAGGAGGAGCAGCCUGAAGAAGAGGAGGCUGCUGAGGAGGAGGAGGAAGCCCCCGAGGAGCCGGAGCCGUUGGCUGAGCGAGAAGAGGAGCGCCCCAAACCAAGCCGGCCCGUGGUACCUCCGCUGAUCCCCCCAAAGAUCCCAGAGGGGGAACGUGUGGACUUCGAUGACAUCCACCGGAAGCGCAUGGAAAAAGAUCUGCUGGAGCUGCAGACGCUCAUUGACGUGCAUUUUGAACAGCGGAAGAAAGAGGAAGAGGAGCUCGUGGCGCUAAAAGAGCGUAUUGAGCGGCGCCGGGCGGAGAGAGCUGAGCAACAGCGCUUCAGAACCGAGAAGGAGCGUGAGCGUCAGGCUAAGCUGGUGGAGGAGAAGAUGCGGAAGGAAGAGGAAGAGGCCAAGAAGCGAGCUGAGGAUGACGCCAAAAAGAAGAAGGUUCUGUCCAACAUGGGGGCCCAUUUUGGGGGUUACCUGGUCAAGGCAGAACAGAAGCGGGGUAAGCGCCAGACAGGGCGUGAGAUGAAACUGCGCAUCUUGUCGGAGCGUAAAAAGCCUCUGAACAUCGACCACAUGGGAGAAGAACAGCUCCGGGAGAAGGCCCAGGAACUGUCGGACUGGAUCCACCAGUUGGAGUCCGAGAAGUUUGACCUGAUGGAGAAGCUGAAGCAGCAGAAAUAUGAGAUCAAUGUUCUGUACAAUCGCAUCAGCCACGCCCAGAAGUUCCGGAAGGGGGCCGGGAAGGGCCGCGUUGGAGGCCGCUGGAAGUGAGGAUCUGGGCACUGCCCCCCCACCCCCUCCAGGCACCCGGGAGCCCUUGGAGUGUGUGUCCCAUCUGUGGCUUGAAAUAAAUGCUCCCCCUGCAGCA